CCAACAUGCGGCCUCUCCGACUGCUCCUUUCGCUGUCGUCAUGCUUGAUCUUCAUCAUCGUUCUGUCCUUUGUCGCCGCAUCCAAGACGAGGUCUGUGUCUGCAGCACGCGACCACAACAACCGUCUCGGAGCCUACUUUAGCUGGAAUUCGCCCUCGUCGUUGUUUCCACCAUCAGCCAUCAUAAGCUUGACCGACGACAACUCGACUNUUUUCCUCGCCCGCCCCGCUGCCUUCGGCCCGCCGUUACCUGGACACGGCCUCAGCGGUCAGAUUUGGAUAGGCGCCGGCUUCGGCGACGACAAUCCUGGCCACGGCGGUAUUGCUGGAGCAGAAGGAGAGCUCGGCUGCAGCGACGUGCCAGGGUGGAGCGAUGGCGAAUAUUCUCCUACAAACUUCGAAACAAUCCCUCGGGAGCAGGACGUCAAACCAGGGGCCAAGGGAAGCAAGAACAAGAGGAGCUUAGAAUCAGAGACACAAACAGAGGGUGGCGCUGCAGACGUCCAGGUUGAUGGCACAGACGACCACCUCCAUCAAGCACUGUCUUCCUCGUCUGAUGUCGGCUCGACACAGCUGACGCAAACGUCGAAGAAGGCCAAGAAGCCAGGACAUGCCGACAUUCAAUCACUGCAAGAGACGGCAGAAAUUGCAGGCAAAGUCGUGCUUUUGAGUCGAGGUGGAUGUGGCUUCCUAGAGAAGGCCAAGUGGGUACAAAGAAGAGGAGGUGUCGCUUUAAUCGUCGGCGACGAUAUGCGUGGAGGUCCGUUGGUAACCAUGUACGCCCGGGGCGAUACAUCCAACGUUACGAUUCCUUCCAUCUUCACAUCACACACCACAGCACACCUCCUGUCCAAGCUGGUUCCUUCAGGAGGUCUCCGUGAAGGCAUGUCUGCUCAGGACGCCGCGCGUCUGGGGCUAGGGUUGCCUGUGAGUGGUAAUCCCACCGAAAAGAUUAAGAAGCAACCAGACUCGACCAAUACGAGACCAACUCACUCUCCAAUCGUCAACCGUCAGAAGGACGACGACGACGACGACGAGGAAUCAGGAAGCUGGUUAGGUUCACUAUUCUCCUCCUCAGACGAGGAUCGUCAUGAUAGCCGAAGACCACCUAGCAGUGGUAACAUCGAUUGGGUCUUACAAAAGGACUUUGAAGAUGAAGCACCGAAGAAGUACAACACCAAGUCUACCAGUACCACCAAAUCGACCAAACAGACAAAGGCAUCCAGCAGUGAUGAGUUCGUCAUUGGUAUCCAUGAUUGGCGAGACCCAGACUUGCUUGACUCACAGAUCAACGCUGCUCAGACAGCAUCAAGCAAGUUGCCUAAGUCGGCUGAACAGAACUCUGCCGCACCUCAUGCAGGACCCAAAGGCGGCAGCAUCACUCCGGGAAGUGGAGAGUACCACCAGGCUGGCGAGAAGCCAGUCAAUCUCAAAGCUCCCAAGAAACCUGAGAAGAGUAGACUGGAUUCGAAGAAGGAGCCAGCUGCCGACAAACCCAAGUCAUGGAUAGGUCGUCUCGUUGGUUCAGAUGAAGAGGAUCGAAACUCUGAGAAGGUCGAGCCACCACACGUUGUAUCACAAGUCAACAGCAAGCCUGUUGUCAAGACUACUGGCGAGCAUGACAGCCCAGACGGGUCGCACGAUGGUCUGUGGGUAACUCUGACCCCUGCAUCCAUGUCUUCUUCGCCCUUCUUCGAUACCUUGCUGGUCUUGGUCGUGUCACCUCUUGUCACAUUGACUAUUGUGUACGCCUUACUGCUACUUCGCUCUCGCAUUCGUCGCAGAAGAUGGAGAGCUCCUAAAUCCAUCGUUGAUCGCUUCCCUGUACGGAUCUAUCACACUGUCCCCAGCAGCAACAGUUCCAAUGCUCCGGAAAGCACCGCAACAUCUCCAGAUGCACCAACCCAGACCACACCUCUUCUUCAUGCCGGAGCGCGACCAAUCUCUCAAACAAGAUCAAGACCAAGGUCCCGUACAGUCAGUGAAGUGCCUGUGUCCAACUCCAGCCCUGCAAACACCCUAAGCCUGGAUCAAGUGCACGAGAAGCGCGAGGCUGGACUAGCUGAAUGGCGUAGGAGAUAUGGUGGUAGACAACGCGAUUGUGCCAUCUGUAUUGAUGAGUUCGAGGAUGGUGUCAGCCGCGUCAUGAGCUUACCUUGUGGCCACGAGUUCCAUGCCGAUGUCGUGCGUUCGUUUGGUCGUGGUGGUGGUUCUUCAUACUCGUCAUCGUCAGCCCAACCGCUUCUCGCGCAUUCACACGAUGAUUCGUUGGAUAUUGACGACGUGCAAGAGCAAGCAGUCAACACUCGCAACUACGACCCCGUUGCAAACGAGCCACUCACCGAUCUAGAGCAAGGAAGCGUCGAUCCUGACCGCACAAGA